AUGACGGUAAUAUACUUCGAUUGGCUGGACUACCUCGUCUUCGGGGGGAUGCUUCUCUGUUCGGCCCUCAUAGGGGUCUACUUCGCAUUCUUUGCGAAAAAAAAACAGAACACCACGUCUGAAUAUUUGAUGGGCGGGAAGAUCAUGGGGAUGUUUCCCAUAUCCAUGUCGCUGAUAGCCAGCUAUAUCUCGGGAAUCUCCUUACUGGGCUUGCCGGCCGAAAUGUACACCUAUGGAACACAGCUGUGGACGAUAGUGCUAUCUGAAUGGGCUGUUUCACUCACUAUAGCAAUUGUUUACUUGCCAGUUUUUUAUAAUUUGCAAAUCACUUCAACAUACGAGUACUUGCGAUUGAGAUUUAACCAAAAUGUUAGACUCCUGGGUUCAACAAUAUUUAUAAUAAAAAUGAUGUUGUACAUACCUAUAGUGAUAUACGUCCCAGCACUUGCGUUCAGUCAAGUGACCGGUAUAAACUUACAUUUGAUCACGCCCAUCGUUUGCCUCGUGUGUAUAUUUUACACGACACUUGGAGGACUAAAAGCUGUCGUUUGGACGGACACUUUACAAACUGUACUCAUGUAUUUUGGAGUAAUAUUUGUACUUGCAUAUGGUACAUGGCGUCUCGGUGGGGUAUCCAAUGUUAUUGAUAUAAACAAGAAAGGAGAUCGUUUAGAAUUCUUCAAUAUGGACGUCGACCCUACGAUCCGGCAUACUUUCUGGUCAACUGUAUUUGGGAAUUACUUCAGCUGGCUAGCUUCAUGCUCGGUUAACCAGGCAAUGGUACAAAGAUGCUUAGCUCUGUCUUCACUUCGAAGAGCUCGAAUUACCAUAUUCAUAAUGGCUGCUGGUAUAUUUAUUAUCGUUUCGCUCUGCUGCUACACUGGGCUCGUGAUCUACGCUACGUUUGCGACCUGCGAUCCCCUCACUACGGGUGCCAUCAGGAAGAGCGACCAGCUACUGCCGUAUUUUGUGAUGACUAUAACAGGAUCGAUACCCGCUUUACCCGGAAUCUUCAUGAGCGGAGUCUUUAGUGCUGCUUUAAGUUCAAUGUCCACUGGCCUUAACUCCAUGUGCGGAGUCAUAUUUGAGGAUCUCAUUCGACCUGCUUACAAUAAACCUAUCUCAGAGAGAACCGCCAGCUUUAUCAUGAAGAUAAUCGUAGUUGUCAUUGGCUUCGCGUGUGUUGCCUUGGUUUUCUUGGUAGAACAUAUGGGUGCUCUCAUACAAGCCGGUAAGAGUCUGGCGGGUAUCACAGCAGGCAGUCUACUGGGUCUAUUUUCAAUGGGACUGUUUCUUCCUUGGAUAAACUCUACGGGCGCGCUGACAGGGGGCCUAAUUUCCACCAUGCUUGUUGGCUGGAUCUCAUUAGGGACGCAAGCGGCGAUGAUCCGAGGGGAUAUCGUCGUCACACCGAAGCCUGUGUCGGUCUCCGGAUGCCCUGGAAACAUUACUUUACCUACCACUUCUGCGUCGCAUACCACUGUAGAAUUCGACAGGUCAGGCACGUUCUUCCUGUACAGACUCAGCUACUUGUAUUACACGCUAGUUGGGAUGGUCGUGUGUAUCGUCGUUGGUUCCAUCGUAUCAUAUUUCACGGAGCCCAAUGAUCCCGCGAUGGUGCACCGGGACCUGCUGACGCCGCUCGUCCACCGCUGGCUGCCCGCGCAGCACCCGCACUGCCGCCGCCCGCGCCUCACGCAGCACGACAUCGAGCUGCACGCCAGGGAACUAGACCAAUUGAGGGCACACACCUCUUACGAUAAAAUGGCCGACAGUCCUGAUCUAGCAAGGAAGGUGAACAACAACAUCGACGGCACUCACUAAUUAGAGUACUAAGUAAAUAAAUAACAAUUGUUGAGAUUGGUUUUUAUAAAAAAUAAAUGAAUUUAUUGGGUUUUGUUUCUAUUUGCAUCUGUUAUUUUCCCCUAAACCUGGUUGAUGUGGUUUCAAUAUAGCCGGUAAUGAGUCAUUUAGGGGUGAACGUACCACCCUCCCCGCCUGUAACAUUCAAUCAGUGUUACUAUACAGCUGUAUGUUGUGUUAGCCUCGUGUGGCUGGUUUCAGAUAGCCAAACGUAUCGAUCACCACUAGUGCACGUUUAAAUUAAAAGCUGCGCAGAGCUCGCUAAACGUAUUUAUUUGCAUCACGGUGUAAUCAGCGCUGUCUAGCUCAUGUACUGUAGGCAUAACAAU